UCUGACUCACGUUGUUGCUGACAGUCGAGUGAGCAGGUCAUAAACUAGUUUGGUGCAAGAACAGUUUGUGUCCGCUGUCAUGGAGUCGCAGGGGAAAAAGCACCUUUCCCGAUCAUUGUUUUGUGUGUUUGUGUUGUGUACGCAGCUUCAGCCGAGUUUGACGGGAGACUGUCCUGGAGAUGGACGCACCUGGGUGCCUUUCAGAGACAGAUGUUACCACUUUGUCCACGGAGACGAAGACAAAAUCAAAAGCUACACUUUUGAAAGAGCAAAAACUCUCUGCCAAGGCUUUGAGCUUUUGACCAUCCAGAGCGCUGAGGAGAAUGACUUUGUCAUUAAAUAUAGCCCAAAGGUGUGGAAAGGCAGUGUCAAUGUGUGGCUGGGAAUGUAUUAUGACACAAACAGUGAUGACAUGAAGUGGUACAGUGAAGACCCUGUGAAGUUCACCAACUGGGAAGACAGCUAUUCUCCAUCAGACCUUGCGCCCAUAGAUAGGUGUGUGGCUCUGCAUAGUGACACAGGAAAGUGGGAAAAUGUCAGCUGCAUGGAUGAUGUGGAGAAUGGAGUGGUCUGUGAGACAGCUCAGGACGCAGAGGAAGCCAAGCAAAAACCUAGUGCGCUGCUGUCGGCCCUGGUCAUUCUCAGCGUGGUAGCUAUCAUGGGAGUCUCAGUGGUUAUUUGGUUCCUGCACCAGAAGCAUAAUCUGGGCUCUACUAUCUUCACGGCGUUCGAGUACCACCCUCCGUUCAGAGUCCUGGACACAGACCGGUCCUGCCUGGUGGAGGCUGAGGAGACGGACAGCGUGCCGUAGGAAACUAUAGUCUGUGCUCUCUUCACUAGGUGGAUUCCACUCUUAAAACAGUUACUGAAGCAGUUUUGGGUUAGCACAAUGUCGAUGACUCAGAAUAAUGUAGUGUGAUUGAGAAAAAACUGACGCCAAUACUAACCACUCACUGUGGCACAUCCUAAAACAUCUCACCAUUUCUGCUUUUUUGUCAUCUGCACUAACAAAGAGUCAUCUGUGUAUAUAUAUCAAUUGAAUUUAGCUAUAGUCUGGUGUACAUGUCAUCUGUGAUUGGAUGUACAGUAACAUCAGGCUAUUUAUCAGGCACUACACAUUGCUUGGAUAACAUUUCAGAUCAUUGUUUCUCUCUCAUAUUGAAAGUAACUCAUUAUUUCUUGUUGAAAGAGGGAGAACUGAAGAGCAAAGCAUUCAUACUUUUGGUGAGCGGACAGAAAUGUUCUGUUUAGUAUCGUAUUCCCAUAAAGUUGGGGAAUAGAGGGAGAUUAUACAAGGAAUGGUCCAAAUCAGUGUAGCAGAGCCUGCUGACUUUUUGUCCCUAGUAUGGCUCAAGCUCUAAAACCACUGGAUUGGUUGGAUUUCUUUUUUGUUACACCCUCCCCGCCUGGUAAAUGCUCACGUCUCUUCUACUCCAUCAACUUGUGACACACAUUUUCUGUUCUAAAUUUGAGACAACCCUGUCAGGAUCACAAGGGUUAUUGCCUCAGACUUUAUACAGCUCCCCCCAGAGCCACAGAGGACAAAAUACAUCCAUUUUCACAGGCUAAGUAGUACUUCUCAUGAUGAGUAAAUGGACAUGCAUAAAAUAGUCCCUAAGUAGUAUUCAUAGAAACAGGAAUUCUCAAUCACAUACUAUGAAGGCCACAUGUUAUCUUAAUCAGGCCAAAAGCUGAGUGAGACUAUUGUAUGAGCAGUUGCUUGAUUACUUCAUGUAUGUUAAUGUUGCCAUUGAAGUGUUGUUGCGCAGUCCAUUAAGCAGAUUCUUUUCCAAGUAAAAAAUCAAUUGAAAUGGAAAACCGUCCUAAAGCAGACACCCUGACCAGUUUCCCUGCAUUCUGUCCUGGGCUAAUGUUUGUUUUGGUUUUUUUUACCAACUUUUUGGCUGGUAAAAAGUACACAAUCCCCUCUCUCUUGUGACUAGAUGUGUGCCUAACUGAAAAGGAAAAAAAAAAAAAGAAAGAAAAAUGACGCAAUAAUCAACCUUCAAUCUUCUGCACUGGUUAACUGGUCAAAUGAUACAGUACAAUAUGUAUUUUAAAUGUUUUUUUUGCUGCCCUAUGAAAUACAAUCUUGGCAUUAUCAUUGCUACAUUUUUAUGGUGUUUGUCAUGAUUUUGAUGUCGGAAAUAAACUAUCUACUACUACUACUUUUGACAUUUAAGACAAUCAAGAUUUGGCUAUCUUAUCUCAUGGGUAUAUUGCAGAAUGAUGGUAAAGACACUAUUACAUUGUGUAAAAUACCCCUCUUAAUAUGUAAUACAGUGUUUUGCAUUUUCAGUUUGUAUGAAUGCUUUUGUGCAAUAUUUGACAAUAAUUUGGCAGAAUCUGAGCCUUUGUGUGUUUUUCGUAAUAAAGAAUGUUUUACCAUA